AAAAUCAGUGUGAUCUCGGCGUUGCCGUUGGGCCGUGCGAUUCGAUUCGCGCCCAUCCAAUCCAGGCAGGCCGGCCGGCCAGGUUUCCUCCUCCUCGGCGACUCCGCCGCGCGCCGGCGCACAAGUCCAGCCCUCGCGGACUCGGUUCCGCUCCAGCCAGAGUCGAGAGCACGGUUCCUGCAGCCAUGGCGGUCUCCGCCCCGUUCUGCCACGGCGUCCCGCCCUUCACGGCCGCAGCCAGGGGCUCCUCCGCGCGCUCCCGAGGGGGAAGGCUGGGCCUCGUCGAAGGCUGCUGCUCCGGCCGUAUCGCCGCCGCGGCGACCGACGCGGCCCCAGUCACCGGUGCCGCUCGCGUUGGCAGGAGGUGUGAGCUCUUUGAUCUCCAUCGGCAGAUAGUUCCUUAUGUUGAUUCGUGGGGUUGGCAGAAGUCCAUUGUUGAGAGGAGGAAAGCGUUGGUAGGCAUCGACACCGACACAGAUGAAGAUCACUCGGACACCUUAAUCGCAUUGCAACAUCCACCAGUUUAUACAUUGGGCAACGGCAACGAUGAGAAGUACCUCAAUUUCAAUAUAGAAGAUUCUCCUAUUGAGAUUCAUCGUAUUGAUCGUGCUGGGCAGGUGACAUAUCAUGGUCCUGGACAGCUUGUUCUGUACCCGAUUAUCAAUUUGCGGUAUCAGAAGAAGGAUCUUGUCUGGUACCAAAGGUCACUUGAAGAUGUGAUCAUUCGUGCCCUUCAGUCUGCAUUCUCUAUUAAGGCAUCAAGAAUAGAAGGCCUCACCGGUGUCUGGGUUGGUGAGCAGAAAGUUGCAGCUAUUGGAAUUAUGUGCACACGAUGGAUAGUAUAUCAUGGUCUAGCGCUAAAUGUCACAACUGACCUAACCCCUUUUCAACACAUUGUUCCCUGCGGCAUAAAGGGCCGCAGUGUUGGGAGCAUCAAGCAGAUAUUACAGAUGGCUUCCAACGGUAGAGAACUUAACGAUGCAGAACUAAUGGAUACAGCUUAUGAAUCAUUGAUUAAAGAGUUUGCUGAGUUUUUCCAACUCUCUCUGGAACCUAGCCCUGAUUUGCAUCUUUAGCUAGAUAAGACAAUCAAUCAACUGCAGAAUGUUUUAUUAUACCAUCAAAAGUGACUUCAGCGAAGAAGCCAGAAACAAAUACAGAGCAGAUAGCAGAGGCAAGCUUUUAUUCAAAACUGCAGUCUCCUUCAGUCCAGUAGUUGCAAAACUAGUGAUCCUUGUGCAAGAACUCAAGCUUUUCCUCCACCUGCAAGCACAGCCCGGGAAGCAUUCUCAGUAAAUCUGUCUUGCGAUCCUGGACAGAUGAAAAAGAUUCAAGCAAAAGCACGUCACCUUCUUUGGUGUUCGAGGACGACCCUUCCGUGUCAACACCCGGCCACGCCUUGCAGGUGCAGUGCUUUCCUUUCUCGAUGUCUUCGUAGACGGACGCGACAUGCUUGCCGCACCCCUUCCAGGUGAUCUUGCCGCAUUUGUCGCACUCCACCUUGUAGCACAUCCUGUAUUCUUCUUCUUCUUCAGAUGAAUCGCUGAGCCCCUGUUGGCAAGUGCAGUGUGCUGUUCUGGGCUAGCUAGUGUGCCUCUUUCGCUCUCCAUGGGUUCAGCAUUUAUAGGAACAACAAAAGUGUGGAUAAGCUCUAUGUGGCCCGGCGCGGUUGGUGGAGGAAACGAAGUCCGGAUAAGUUGUGCGAUUCUGUAGCUUGUAAAACUGUUGGGUAUUCCCAAUGCUGCGGCGAAUAUGAUUCACUUGUAAAAGUAUUGCUGGGUAUUUCCAAUGCUGCGGCGAAUAUGGUUCGGA